CACAACCUCGGCGAUCGUUGACUAUUGGAAAAACUACGUAAAUGUGGAGAACAAAAAAAGGGAAAACGAAUACACAUCCGCUCAUAACAGAUCUUUACUUUGCAAGAUUUUUUCUCCGUCCGAUAAUUGUGUUACUGCUCGCAAUUUCCCGUUCACUGGCAUAUAAUGGGCGCCUACAAGCCGAGGACGAAUAACGAGUGGGGGUUUCUGGGGGCGAUAGCAGGGCAGACAGUGUGCGCUACGGUACUUGACGUUGUGGUGCUGUGGAAAUAUUUUGGCUGGGUUACGCCCUUGGUUUACCAGGUACCACGGUCGUAUUCAAUACCAGUCAAUUGUGGAUUGCUGCUCCUCGCAGUCAUCUACCAAGCAAUUCUAACAUUGGAUUCACUACGCACACGAAACAAUGUACAGAUGUAUAACAUAUGCAUUUGCAACAUCCUGCUACUCGUGCUCACGAUUAUGAGCUACGAGCAAACCAGUCAAGUGAUCACUGGACUAUCUACUGCCCGCGCGAUGGGGACUACGCCACUGGUAAACUUAUCGAUCGACCUAUGGGCCAACGUGAGCCCAGUUCUGCUUUCAUCAUGUGUAGUCACCGGCAUUGUUUCUAUUGCUUUAUUUUUCUAUGGCUAUAAGCUACACAAGGAGUUCGCAUGGGCCAUCUACAGGCAUGUUAGUGGAAGCCGACAGAUGAGGCAGAAAUUUCUUGCAUACAAGGUCUUAAUAGUGAUGGUAAAGAUGGAGCUUUAUCUAUUCAUCGCUUUUCUUGUGCUCUACGGCCUUGUCGACGUGCAUUUUGAAGUGCCUGAAUUUCCCUUGACUGUAUGCCUGCUGCUAGCUGAGCUAUUGCAGUUCGGUCUUGGACCUUACUUCAUGAAAACUGAAAAUGUUUCAGGGGCUCUGGUGGUUAUAGUUCUUCGGGUAGCGCAAAUCGCGUACCUUAUCAGUCGAAUUGUUUUGCUCUGCGGUCACGGCCCCCGGGCAAAUACCCCCAUGAAGAACGAAAUGAUGCUCUAUGCAUGCUCUUCAUUGGCAUUUAAUGCUAUCAUAUGCGUUAAUUCUGUGCUAUGCACUUUGAAUUUUGGUCAUGGGCUUAAACCGCUUCUUGCCGGGGAAACCAAGGAUGCGAGAGAGUCAUAUCAGUUCCAUAACUUGGGAUAUGAACCCGUGCAUCAGUUCCCAAAGUCACCUCGCUUCGAUUUGGAAUAG